AUGAGAAGUAAAUUGAAAUCGAAAUCAAUGAAUUGUCUUUUUGACUCUACAAAUGACUCUGAAAAAAUACCAUUGGAUGAUUUUUGUUUGAGACGAAGAUCGUUUAUCGAAAUGAUUCGAGAUAAAGCUAAGGUAACCUUUUUUUCUAGAAUUAAUAAUGAUUUUUCAAAAAUUUUAUAGGUCUACAGUAUGAUUUUCAAAGGAACAGGAAAUGGAGAUACCGAAAAACUGUGUCCGAAAUUCCGAAAAUCCAUGUGCUCCAAGUUUAAUUUCUAG